AUGGCUAGCUUCUUGGAGCUUAGUACAUGUAGCUGGACGAACGGCGUGUUUGCAACAACGACAUUGACUGUUCACGAACUGGCGAUGAUCUUACAUCGACACAUUCAGCCUGUUUUCAAGCCGAUUGCAAUGGAGUUGGCCAUUGGUGGUGGAGCGCGGUCUCUUUUUGGUGGUGGAGCGCGGUCUCUACGCCAUCGUCCAACAGUAUCAGAUCAAGGGCUUCUGAGUAAUUUGCUGUAA